AUGGUCUUGGCUGCAGUGGGACAGAUGCGGUCGACGGCCAGCUUACGGGCUAAUGGCGAGUUUGCCGCUCAAUUGAUCAAAAGAGCUGCGCUUAAAGGUGCCAAGGCAUUGUUUUUGCCCGAGGCUAGCGACUACAUUGCCAAGUCUGCUGCAGAGACUGUCGAGCUCGCCAAAGCCGUGGAAGACUCACCGUUCAUGGCAGCGAUUCGCAAAGCUCUGGCCGCAGUAGCUGAAUCAACUCCCAUUUACGUCUCUGUGGGAGUACAUGAGCCUUGUGAUGGGGGACAACGAGUGAAAAAUACUUUGUUGUGGUUAGACCCCCAGGGCAUGAUAGUGCACAUGUACCAAAAGAUCCACUUGUUCGAUGUUGACGUGGCUAACGGGCCUAUUUUGCGCGAAUCAAGGUCUGUGGAACCUGGGAAAACCGUCUUGCCGCCUUUUGAAUCGCCAAUUGGUCAAAUCGGCUCUGGUAUCUGCUACGAUAUUCGCUUCCCUGAGCAUGGCCAGUACCUCCGGUCCCAAGGUGCCCAAAUCCUGCUAUACCCCUCUGCAUUCACGGUGAGCACCGGCAAAGCCCAUUGGCACCUGUUGAGUCGUGCUCGCGCCGUUGACAACCAAUGCUACGUUAUAAAUGCAGCUCAAGCGGGCAAGCAUGAUGCUGAGGGUACCAGAGAAAGCUAUGGGCAUGCGAUUGUAGUUGACCCGUGGGGAACAGUAGUCGCAGAGGCCCAGACAGAGUCUGAUGACCUGAUAUUUGCCGAAAUCGACUUGGAAAAGCUAGCGGGGGUGCGAAUGAAAAUGCCGUUAGAGGACCAGCGACCAGAGCCCAGCCCGUAUAAAUAA